AUGCAGAAUGCUCAGUACGAGGCUGCAGUCGAUUCAGGAACUGUACGAAAAUUGUCAGCGGGAGUUAGAGAACAGCACGGCGCGCUCGCCGAGCUGUUCAAACAGCUCGAAGUGCAGGUCGAGGACGACAUCUCGGUGCGCUUUACGGUGCCCGAAGAUAUGCACUCGUUCGCGAUCGACUUCGCGUUCUACGACAACAACCCGUACUUCAGCAACCGCGUGUUGACCAAAGAAUUCAUGAUGCGGCACGACAGCCAGAACGGCGAGUGGAUGCUGUGCCAGCUGCAUCGCAUCGAGAAUUUGCUGAGCGUGGAGCUCGAAAUUGGGCAGAUUUUGCGCGAUCGCGUCAUCCCGGACGCCUUCGGCUACUUUUUCGGCGUCGAAGGCGUCUCUGAAGACGAAAACGACGAAUAUUAG